AAAAUGACUUAAGGAAAAAAUAAAAGAUUAACUAAGGGAGGUAAAAAAGGAUCUAAAAAAAGAAACGUUGACCCUCUUUCAAGAAAAGAAUGGUACGACUUCAGAGCUCCAGUUCCCUUUUCUUCUAAGAGUUUUGGUAAAACUUUAGUAACAAAGAGUUCAGGAAAUAGAAUUGCAUCCGACGAAAUUAAAGGAAGAGUUGUCGAAUCUACUUUAGCUGAUUUGAAGGAUUCAAGCAAUAAUUUACAUUGGAGAAAAGUUAAAUUAGUUAUUGAUGAAGUAGAAGGAAGAAACGCUAAAACCUCAUUUUACGGAUUAGAUAUUACUAGAGAUAAAUUAUGCAGUAUGAUUAGAAAAUGGUAAACUUUGAUUGAAAGCAGAGUUGAUUGUAAAACUGCAGACGGAUACAUUGUUAGAGUAUUCACUAUUGCAUUCACUAAAAAAUUCGGAGGAAAAUCUGCUGGUUCUACCUGUUAUGCUAAAUCAUCAUAAGUAAGAGCUAUUAGAAAGAAAAUUAACACUUAUAUUACUAACGAAGCUGCUAAAGCUAACAUUUCUGAAUUCACCAAAAAGCUUAUCUCAGAUGAUUAUGUCCAUAAAAUGGAAAAAGAUACCAAGAGCGUUUUCCCCCUUAGAGAUAUUACUAUUAAAAAAGUCAAAGUCUUAAAAAGACCUAAACUUGAUGCCGCAAAAUUCGCCGAAUUAUACACUCAUGAUAAAAAGGGAGAAAGAUCUACUGGUAGAGAUGGUGCCCCUGAAGACCCUGCUGCUAAAAACUUACUCUUAAGUGCUUAAUAAUAAUAAUAAUAAUAAUAAUGAUUUGAAAAGUAAGAAAUAUUGUUAAUGAAAGGAAAACUAAAAAUAACAAUAAAUAAAAUAAAAAAAAAUAAAAGGAGAAAUAAUGAAUAAAUUGUUUUUUUUAUGUUAAAGUUUUUUCUUUUAUUAAAAUUAUUUAAAUUUUAUCAUUUCUUUAA